GGAAUUCCGGGGUUAUAUAAAGAGCGUGGAGAGAGGGUCGAGCAUAGAAUAGCAUCGACAAAUUCAUCAGUAUCAAGUCUACAUCUUAUCACUAUAUCUACUACUUCAAACUACAAUUACCUAUCGAAAAGGUUAUUGGGGAAAAGAAACCUCACCAACCAAACCUACUCAAACUCCACAUAUUUCACAAACAAAAUGAGCUCCACAAACUCCACCCCCUCCUCCUCCAUCCCCGCAACCCCAGCAGCCCACUCCCGCCGCGCCUCGCACGACUCAGCCCAUGAUGUCCAUCACUUCGUCGCUCUACAGCAACAGCGCGAAAACGAGGAAAAGACACAGCACAAGAUCAACCUGGGCAUCAAGAAGAUGUGGGAGGGCGUCAAGAGGCAUGCUAGUGAGCACCAUCGCAGUGUUAAUGCUGCGUACAUGGCGAGUUAUGGGUGUGGGGCUCCCGGUGGUGUGAGGAAUUAGGACCGGAAGAUUUCUUUGAAUUUGCAGGGGAGGGAGAGAGGAGGAAAG